AUGACCGCAGGGGCAGCUCCGGGACGCCCCGGGAACCUUACCCCUGAACAGGAGGAGAAGCUCAGGCGGCUAUGGCAGCUCAUUUUCCAAGUGUGCGGGGUUGGCCAGGAGCAAAACGGUGCUGGCGCGGACAGCAGCUCGGCUGCCGAGAAGGCGCAGGAUGCUGAGGCGAAGAAGUCCAAGAAGAGCCGCAUGUCGCUCUUUUCGCGUAAGGGCAGGAAAGAGUCAGAUGCAGAGUCGACGUCAGGUGCACCAGCAAAUGCUCCGGUUGUGCUCAACCUAGGGAAGGACGGGGAUGACAAGUAUGGCCAGACGAAGCAAUUCUACGACACGCUCGCCAGCCAAUCGCCGGAGUCGAUACGGGAUACCAUCUGGAGCAUGGUGAAGCACGAUCAUCCGGACGCGCUUGUCUUGCGCUUCCUCCGGGCCCGUAAGUGGGACGUCGAGAGGGCGCUCAUCAUGCUGGUCUCAACCAUGCACUGGCGGGCACAGGAGAUGAAGGUCGACGAGGACAUCAUGAGAAACGGCGAGGCCGCUGCGCUGGCUGCCGCGAAGAGCACCGAUCCCAUGACGCAGAAGGUUUCAGCGGACUUCAUGACGCAGAUCAGGAAGGGCAUCAGCUACGUGCACGGCGUUGACAAGCAGGGAAGGCCGCUCUGCUUUGUGAAUGUCCGACUGCACCGGCAAGGCGAGCAGACAGAGGAGUCUCUGGAGAGAUACACCGUCUAUCUCAUCGAGACGUGCCGCAUGUUGCUCCAGCCACCGGUUGACACGGCUACUAUUGUAUUCGACAUGACCAACUUUUCCAUGGCGAAUAUGGACUACGCACCGGUCAAGUUCAUGAUCAAGUGCUUCGAGGCCAACUAUCCCGAGUGCCUGGGGACAGUUCUAGUAAUCCGCGGAUGGCUCGACCCGGUCGUGGCCAACAAAGUGCACUUCACCAACAACGCCAAGGAAAUGGAGGAGUUCAUUCCCAUGAAACACAUCCCGAAGGACCUCGAGGGCGAAGAAGACUGGACCUACCAGUACGUCGAGCCGGUCGAGGGCGAGAACGACAAGCUCAAUGACACCGAGACCCGCGACCGGCUGCUGGCGGCGCGGCAAGAACUCUACAAAGAGUACGAGGAGACGACGCUUGAGUGGAUCCAGAAUCCUGAGGGCGACAAGGCCUCGGAGAUCAAGGCGCGGCGAAAUGCGAUUGCGAACAAGCUUCGUGAGGAUUACUGGAACGUCGACCCCUAUCUGCGUGCGCGCUCCUACUAUGAUCGGAUCGGCGUGCUACAGCCCGGAGGAAAGCUGAAUUGGUAUCCUGAGCCGAAGGUCAAUGGGGAUGCUCCAGCGCCUGCUCCUGGUCCACAGACUUCGGCAGACGAUAUUGAUUAG